UUGCUUUUACAGAUCCAGACUAACACGGCUACCCCUCUGAUACAUUUCAUUGUAGAGAGUGCAAAUGUUUGCUGUUCAAAAGUGGCUGCUUCUGGGAUGAUGCAGGCUCCUCCUACCAAGGGCCUUACUUGGACAUCUUGUAAGGAACAGUCAGAGAGUAAAGAUCCUUAUCUCCUAUUCCUUCUUACCUCUUGGAGGCUCUUGCUCUUUGUUCUUUAGGAAGGGACCAAGGCAGUGAUGCACCUAAGUCUGAUAUCAUGUCUCUUCCUUUACAGGGGAAAAUGGCAGCCACUGGCCAGUCAUUAAUCCCAGCCCCGCUCACAGGGAUUCCCUUCCUAAAGGCCUCACAUUUUCAGAUAGGGUUUGACCAUAGACCACAGGGAAAUGUUGUUGAAUCUCCUUUCCGCACUGAUUUCCCUCCCUUAUGGGGCAGUUACAAACCAGACCCAAUUCUGCUUCCAAACUCCAAGGGGGUUUUGAAUCAGGAUAUGGAUAAAACCAGGGAAACCUGGUCAGAAACCCACCUGGCAUUUCCAGUGAGAUCCCUGGAACCAAAGCCCAAAAUCUGUCCACCAGAAUCUCACCUCCAAAUGCAUGCAGAUUCCCAGACCAAAAUUUUCACCUCAACUGCAAGGGAGAGCUACCCUUGGCCAGACGUGACGCUGCAGGGACCAGCCUCCACCAGAGCUUAUUACAAUAAGGAGGAAGAUCAUUUUCCUUGUGGAGACAAAGACAAACUAAAGCUCCUGCCUUCUGUCUAUCGUUUUUCAUACCCAGCGUAUGAGAUACUCGAGCCCAUUGCCAGAGCGCCGUCUGUACAUCUGGGAGGAAUUCCCUCAAUUAAAGGUGACAGAUGCUCCUACUAUGGCACUUCUUAUCAAGCACAGUUUGAGGGUGGCUGGAUCCCUCCUGUGACGUCCUGUGGAAAGAGCAAGUCUUCCAUUGUGUUUGGGGACCCCAGGAGCAGUGUCAGCACGAGCGAGGAGAAACAUGCCUACACUCUCCAGGACACAAGGAACGACAGAGUCUAUGAUAAAGAACAUGCUGUCUUCCAAAUACACAAGACGAACAUCAAGCCAGGGGAUGGUUGCACCAGAUUCUUUACUGUGGCACAGGAGUUGUUCCCUCGGCGGGAGCUAGCUCCUGUGAAAGUUACGUGUCUAAGCAAACAGACUUCAUCGAUCCCCAAAGGCGACGAAGACCUUGGGAGGAGUAGGGAGCUUGCAAGCACCACCACUAGCCGAUUCUUCCACACCCAGAUUGACCUGGGGGAACGUCCAUCUCAGCCAGACGUGCCACCGUGGAGACUACAAAGCAAAGUGUCCCUGGGUGACAAACAUUUAAACGCCUGUUUCUCCAGCACAACGCAGCACUCGGAUUAUCAGCCGCCACCCUAUAGCCAGAGGGAGGUGUCCAGCAGCAAGAGCCACCUCAAGAGCCACAUGCCCUUUAAUUAUCCCACAGGUGAAGGCGCUGUCACGACCACACAGGCUAUGCUGGUCCCGCACAGACAGUGGAUGGUCCGGCCCUCGGAGGAGUUGCUGCAGCAGGAGCAGGUGAUGGGAACCCACACAACUGAGAACAAACACUGGGAAAACAGCCCAAAGCUGCAGGGUGAUUCCCUUUGCCAGAAUCACAGGAAUCACUAGAGAGCCUGGGAUGGGCCCAUGUCUCCAAGCGCCUCUUCCCCAGGCUGUGAGCUGGCAGGGACAGAGGGAUGUGUCACCUCUCCGCUGAGUUUAGACAGAGAGAUCAAAGGCAGAAUGAGAGAUACCGUAAGCUCCAAGUGUGGUGUUGAGUCUCCCAUCAUGAGCACUGGCUGCAUUUCAGCACAAGGGCUUCACACAAGGUCGGUGAACACAAGUGCAGAGCGGAACCUGAGGCUGAGGAGGUGGCAGGGCAGGGCUGUUCUCUGGGCUGGGGGCAGUGUCUUUGCUACUGGGGUUGUAGCUCACUGUUUUUGCCUGGAUGCUGAGUUUGCACUAAACCUUCUCAGCAUGAAGAUUUUAAUGCGGAUGCGCUGCUGUACUCUAGGUCUCCUCCCUGGUGUGGAAGCAGAGUGAGGGGUCAGGUGCUGCCAUGCCUGGUCCCCGUCUCAUGCUCUUCCAUGGAUUUAUAAAAGCAACAUCACAGAGAAAACAGACUGCAGUUUACUAAACCAUUUUGACCUACUGCAACUCUCAUGUGGACAAGACCCCCCACAUUAAACAUCUUAAAGCUCUGGGAGAUUUUGAGGCUGCUCUGUUCCCAUCACCAGCUACAGACCCCUAGCAAAGCUCUGGUUUUAUGCCUGAAAAUGUGAAUUCCUUAGGAAUCCUGCAUCUCAUGGGACAGGACAGGGCUGGUGGUAUGAAACAGCCAGAACCUAGAUUUGUUAUGAAAAGCUAAGACCAGCUGUCCUGAGGAUUCACGGGGGCAGUGGGCUAUGUAGGAAUGUUCUCUAGGGAAAGUUAUCUGCUUACACAGAAGAAGAGAGAGCACCAAGUGCUGCUAUUUCCUGGUUCGUUAACUGGCAUCUCAUGUUAAAAAUGAGGGUAAUAUCCAGGCUGUCUGGAUUGUGUGAUCCCUGAGGUCAGCCAAAUCCCAAGCUGGUAUAAAUCAUUUACACCACCUGGGGAGUUGACCCACGUCCUUUACCUGGUUGUGAUGUAGCAUCCCCAUCUGUGCUGCUCUAGCAAUAAAUCCUCCUACCAAAUAAUCAUUAAUCCCCCCCCACACCUCUGAUCUGGCCCAGCUGGUCUGGAGGUUGAUGCAGGGCUUAUUGUGAGUGAGGGGCUGAGCUAACCCCCUGCUGCUGCUGGAGAGAUUUGCCAGCAUCCAGAAUAUGUCUCCACAGACCUGGGUGAGGCUGGCGUCUGCGGAAGCAGUGUCCGGCGGGUACACCUGACCGUGGCUGGUGGUGGUUGCUAACCCGCCAGGGUUUCUUACAUGCUGCUGUCUUUCCCAACUGGAUUUGCACCCAAUUUCAGACAGUGAAAUGACAGUUGGCUCUUGAGGGAAUGGAAUCUGCCUGGGAGCCUCCCCCUGAAGUUCUUCCUUGUUCUGCUCCCCAAGAGCGCACGCAGGAAUGGCCUGUGCUUGGUGGAGGAAAGGCUGGCCGCAAUCUUGAUUUGAUUCCAGUGGUGACGUUCAAUCUGCAAAAGGAAAACUUGUUGUGCAGCCAAUGCACCGGCCCCCUCCCCUAUGCUAGAGCAGUCGGCACGUAGCAGCUACACGUCAGCUGCUUCUGUUCUGCAGAGAUAAGCGGAGCUGCAUUAGGAUGAGUUUAGAUUAAAAAUAAGUAAUGUGCCCUGGGUGUUCCCUGGCUGGCUUUGCUCUGACGUGGCUGAAGUCAUGCAGAAACCCAGGCCAGGGCAUUCAGUGCUGGAAAGUGUUCAGAUACCACAGUGAUGGGCCCAUUUAAGAACCAGCCUAGACUAGAGGGGCUUCUGAAAAGAUCUUCCGGCAAACUGCCUCUUCCCUCAUUCAGCAGGGUUACUAGAUACAGCUGGUGGUAGCUGGAGGGGCUCAGCACUAUGUUCUGCCUCCCAGACAAGAACCCAUUUAUACACAUCCUUGGGCUGGGCCUGGAUUCUGCUAUAAUUGUGCAUAGCCUGGUUCCUGUGAACAACACACAACAGCAACACUAGGACAGCGGCCUGCUCCCUGGGGGGGCAGGGAGGGCUCUAGGCCGGGGGUGGGCAAAC